UCUUUCUGCUGAAUGAUAUAAAUAAUGGGAAGUCCAAACUUUAACACAAGAGCGUUUAUAUUCUUAGCCACGGUUACAACGUUAUUUCUCCUAUUCUCCCUAUUUAUCAACUUGAUGAACAUCAGGGAGCACUGGAAACAACAAUACGGUCAGCGCAGAAGGAGACUAGUGAUAUUUCUACUGAUCAACAAUUUCUUGAUCAUCCUCAUGCUAUAUUGAGGAAUAUGGAUCUACCCAAUUGCUGGGGCCUUCUUGAUAAUCAUAGAAGUGCUGAUCUGAAUCAGCUUGCUGCUAACCUUUAUCUAUUUCAGAGAAUCUAUUGUAUCUUAUUCACUCAAAUCAUCUGUCCAGAUCCAAGAAGUUUUAGAAGAUAUGGACGAAGAUAAGGGAACUGGAUCUAGUUUGAUAAGCCAAGAAUUUUCACAAGGUGAACAUUCAUGUGCUUUGAUGAGCAAGCAAUCUGAUUAUUAUGUAUCCUGAAUGUAUCUUGUAGAGCAGCAUGCACAUAUUCUCCCUCUGUGUUGUAAAACUAAGGUCAACAACUUCAAAAAGGCUCAAAGAUGUCAGAAAUUUAAACGGAAUUAUCUACUUGCUAAUUUAGUAGUUUUGGUCAUUAUUAAAACAUUUGAGUAUAUUGUCAUAGAAGUUCUUGAGAAGGAUAUCGGUUCGAAAAGAGUCAUAUUUGGAUUAAUAGCACUUUUCAGUACAAUAUCCUGCAAAAUAACUCUUAUAACUUUCAGCAGUGAUUUCGAAAAGACUUUAAAAUUUGAAAAGUUCCAAAAGAAAACAAUGACAGUCAUCAUGAUGCUUGUUCCUCUAAAUGUUAUAUUGUUUAUCUUGCGUAUAAUAGAACCUAGCAUAGGACCCUACAACAAAGAUGAGUCCCAGAACCUCCUGUUUAUUGGGAUCUACUCCAUCAUCAUAUUCUUGGCUAUAAGCCUACAAAAGAAGUUUUACAGUGCAUCAGAAAUUGUUCAAAAUGAACAAAAAACAGAAAUCAAUUGUAAAAUAUCACGUGACAACGAACCUUAAGGAUUUACCAAAUAAUUAGAUAUCAGUUUCAAUUCCUAUUGAU